AUGGCCGGAUUCAGGAAUUUCGUGUGCCUAGUAACGAUUCUGUCGUUGCUUUCGCUGCUUCCAUUGUCGUCGGAGUCCAGGGCACUUCAUCAUCCCCUGGAUGCAUCCACGGCGAGAAUGAAUUUGAUCAGAGCGAUUCGAGCAUUUGGCGAGAGCCAGGGUCACAACGACGAAGCAGCUGGAGGAAGUAAGAGCAAGAGCAGAGCUGCUUAUUAUGCUUCCAAGAGACUGAGUCCCGGAGGCCCUGAUCCGCAUCAUCAUUGA